AUCAAAACAAAAAAUACGAAAAAUUUUCUUCUCUUUAUCAAAAAACAAUAGAAUUUAGAGAUUUUCACGCGUAGAAUGACCAUCCAAACAACUUUUUAGGGACUCAAAAAAUAGAAGUGACGUAGUUCGUGUGAGAUUUAAGUGUAAAAACAGAGUGAACCUUUUCUACAAGAAUUUGGAGUUUUAGUGACUGAACUUUCGGAUUUGCGGGUUUUCAUUGUCUUUCCAAGUCUUUGUUUGACCAUCAUUUUUCAAUUUUCAUAAGAAUUUUUGAAAAUUUAAAGAAAAAAAAUUGAACCAAGUAAAUUUUAUCACAAAAAAGUUCAAAAAAUUGCAUGAGAAUCAAAAGAAGGAUGAGGUUUCCUCCAAUCCGAACUUUUUUGUCAACGUCAAACAUUUUUUAAUAAUUUUCUUUGUUAAUUAAAUUAUUUCGAGACACGUACGUGAGACGUACGUCGCCCAAAUUCAAUGGAUACUGACACCGAUUCAGACUAUCAUCCAAGUUCCCUGCAUUCCAAUACGAAUCCCGAGGAUUUUUUGUACAAUGGACAUGCGAACGAGGUCAUUGGCGGAAGUCGUUACAAAAAAUGUUGGUGCGUGAAGGACAUUUGCGGGAUAAUUUGUGCAAUAAUGACGUGGAUGUUGAUUUUGUAUGCGGAAUUUGUGGUAAUGGCUGUGAUUUAUCCGUCGACAGAAACGUGGCUCGGCACUGUCGAGAUGAUUUUCUUCAAUGUCGGAUGCUUUUUGGCAGUUGCGUCGCAUUUGCGCACGAUGUUCAGUGAUCCGGGUGCCGUGCCGAAGGGAAAUGCGACGAAAGAAAUGAUUCAGCAGAUGGGAUAUCGCGAAGGACAGGUUUUCUUCAAGUGUCCCAAAUGUUGCAGUAUUAAGCCAGACAGAGCGCAUCACUGUUCCGUGUGUCAAAGAUGUGUGCGAAAAAUGGAUCAUCAUUGUCCGUGGGUCAAUAAUUGCGUCGGAGAGAACAAUCAAAAAUAUUUUGUACUUUUUACGUUUUACAUCGCCAUCAUAUCCAUUCAGGCAAUCUUCUUGGCUGUCAAUCAGUUUGUCUCCUGCAUCAAACACGAAUGGCGCGAAUGUUCGACAUUUUCGCCGCCCGCAACUGUAGUUUUGCUCCUCUUCCUUAUCUUUGAAGCCUUAUUGUUCUCCAUUUUUACACUUAUUAUGUUAGGAACACAAAUUAACGCCAUUUGGAACGAUGAAACGGGUAUCGAACAACUAAAAAAAGAAGAAGCACGUUGGGUGAAAAAGUCACGAUGGAAAAGCAUCCAAGCCGUUUUCGGUAGAUUUUCCAUAGGAUGGUUAUCGCCAUUCACAAAACCAAUCGAUCGCAGUCCCUUUGAUAAAAGUUACUUGUAUUCCGUGUAAUUUUCUGUUGUUAAAAAUUUCACAAAAAAAUAUCGAAGUGACGAUUUUUUUUUCGUUAAGUUCUUUUUCCGUUCUGUACCUUAUAAAAAAAUUUCAAUUUGAACAAAAAUCAAAAAAUAUUCAGAGAUUAAAAAAAAACUUAAUUAGUUGUAAAUAUUUUUGACUAUUUUUUAAAAAAAUAAAAGAAAAAAAUGUUUAAUGAU